CUUCGACUGUCUGCGUCAGAGUCCCAACUGCCACAAUGACCCUCCAGCUUAGACUCGCCUGGAUUUCCUUCCAGGCGCUUGCAGGGCAGGCUUAAAUACGGUGCUUCCCUGGUGGUAUAUGGAUGGAUAUUCCAUAGACGCCGUCCUUUUCCUCCCUCAAUCAAUCGUUAUUUUGUUAGCUUUGCCUACUGGGCUUCUCUAUUUUACUUGGACAUUUCAAUUAAUUCUACUCUCACAACCUUUGUUAGUUGGUCAACAUGGCACCCAGGAUUCGUCAUACCCAUGAUGAAUAUACGGUGGCUUGGAUAUGUGUCAAGCCUGUGGAAAUGGCAGCUGCUCGGUGUAUGCUGGAUCAAAUCCACGAGAACUUGCCUGUCCAGCCGAAUGAUAGCAACUCAUAUAUACUUGGACGGAUUCGGGAACACAAUGUUGUGAUUGCAUGCUCACCCAGAGGCAAAGAUACCGCUAUUGAGGCGAGCUCUGUGGUCGUUAGGCUAUUGUCCAGCUUUCGCUCAGUUCGAUUCGGGCUCAUGGUUGGUACCGGAGGAGGUAUACCAAGCGGUGGUGCAGAUGUCCGCCUUGGAGAUAUUGUGGUCAGCAGGCCAACAGGCACGUAUGGAGGAGUCGUGCAAUGUGAUUACGGAGCAGUGUUAAGCAAUGGACACUUCGGUCGAAAGGGCGUGAUCGCUCCCCCGCCUCAAAUUCUUUUAACUGCACUGUCAAAAUUGCAGGCUCACCAAAUCAUUCAUACUGGUGAAUUCUUGAAUUUUUAUAGUGAGCUUGGGUGGACUGUUGACGAGGGACCCUCCGUCUUCGCACGGCCGUCUGGGGAUGAUCGCCUAUAUCAUUCUGAUUACCGCCACCUCGACACCAGAUCUCAAAGUUGCGCCAAGUGCGACAAAUCGAAGACCGUCUUUCGGGCGUCAAGAGACCAGGACACGCCCGUAGUGCACUAUGGGAUCGUGGCAUCUUCGGACCAUGUGGUGGAAAGCAGCGAAAUCCGAGAUAAAUUGGGUCGCGAAUUGGGCGCUUAUUGCGUGGAGACGAAGGCAGCAGGAGUCAUGGACAAUCUUCCCUGUAUAGUUAUCUGUGGUAUUUGCGAUUACGCAGACUCCCACAAAGAUGAUAAGUGGCAGGGAUAUGCAUCUGGAGUGGCAGCAGCAUACGCAAAGGAGUUGCUAAUUAACACCUCGGUUGUUCAAGCGGAUCAACGUGCAUCUAUCUUUCGCACAUAGGGUUCAUAGGCAUUUCCAAGCCGUCUUCAGGGGUUCAUCCUGUUCAUCCAAAAUACCACGUACUAUUAGAUCUCACUGCGGCCCCCAGCAGUUGAGGGCUCCCGAGAAUAUUAACUUCAGAAUCUGUGGCACAAUCUACGACCUUUUAAGUCAGACACCACGAAAAGUAGCAUUUAUCCAUGACCCUGGUGGUAACAAGAAAACAUAGCUAGCAACUAGGUUUGUGCGUAUUCACAAGAACUGCUCUCUUCUGGCUCGAUGGCAAAAGCCGCACGAAGCUCCUUCACUCGCUAAAUUCAGCCCCGUCCAGUAUAUCUGGUCGAGGUCAAAAUUUCAGUGCUGGAAAUAAAAGGGAACCUCAAAAUAAUUCCUCACGGGGUUUGUAGUUGCUAGCUUCUCGAG